AUGGUCGAUUACAGAUAUGAUUUAGGACUUGACGUGUCUCUGGACUCCUCUACUGAUAAAAAACGGAAAUUACGUUUUAGAAGGUGGUGGAAUCGGCUAUCAAAAUGCCAGAAAAGCUUUAUAGUUACCAUCUCUAUUUUAAUAUUAUUGAGUUGUACAUAUUUAUUAAAUUUACAAAAAGAUAGCAGAGUGAUAACAGUUGAAGAAGUUGAAGACAAGAGGUAUACUAUAAAGAGCUAUGUUGAAGAACCCAAACAUAUAGAAGUUAAUGUUGAGGCCCAAGAAAUUAAAAAUAAUAAUAAUGAUGUAAAUAAAAAUGUUCUAGCAGUUCCCAAAGUUGAACAUAGAUUUUCUGGUCCUACAACACCAAGGCAAGCAGCUGUAGUUGAAGCCUUCAAACAUGCUUGGAAGGGCUACAAAAAGUUUGCAUGGGGACAUGAUCAUCUUAAACCUAUUUCUGAAGGCUUUACUGAAUGGUUUGGAUUAGGUUUAACUAUUGUGGAUUCUUUAGAUACUAUUUUCAUUAUGGGUCUUGAUGAAGAGUAUGAUGAAGCAAGAAAUUGGGUCGAUAAACAUUUAAAUUUUGAUGUGAAUAGGGAUGUCAAUUUAUUUGAAGUUACAAUUCGAGUGUUGGGAGGGUUACUUAGUAUAUAUCACUUUAGUAAAGAUGAUAUGUUCUUAAAAAAAGCGACUGAAUUAGCAGAUAGGUUACUUCCAUGCUUUGAUUCCGAAUCUGGCAUUCCAUAUUCUGAUAUAAACUUAUUUACUAGAAAACCACACGCUCCCAAGUGGUCUCCUGAUAGUAGCACUUCAGAAGUUACUACCAUACAAUUAGAAUUUAGAGACCUGAGUAGGGUCACAGGGGAUCCCAAAUAUGAGAAUGCCGUUGAAAGGGUAUCAAAAAUAAUUCACAAAUUAGACAAAAAAGAUGGAUUAGUUCCUAUAUUUAUUAAUGCAAAUACUGGUCAGUUCCGCACUUACGCUACUAUAACGGUAGGAGCAAGAGGUGAUAGUUAUUAUGAAUAUUUACUUAAGCAAUGGGUACAGACUGGAAAAACUAUAGACUACUUAAAAGCAGAUUACUUAGAAAGUAUAGCAGGAAUGGAAACGCACCUUGCAAGAAGAACAGAACCAAAUCGGUAUCUGUUUAUCGGAGAACUUUUGGGUGGCGGCAAAGAUUUUAAACCCAAAAUGGACCAUCUCACCUGUUAUUUGCCAGGGACUUUGGCUUUGGGUGUUCAUAAUGGGUUGCCGAAAAAACAUUGGCAGUUAGCGGAAGAUCUUUUGGAUACUUGCUAUCAAACUUAUGCAACGCAGCCGACAUUCUUAGCACCUGAAAUUACUUACUUUAAUAUGCAGACUGGAAAUUCCAAAGAUAUGUAUGUAAAAUCAAACGACGCACACAAUUUACUUCGUCCAGAAUUCGUAGAAAGCCUGUGGUACAUGUAUCAACUUACUGGAAAUACCACUUACCAAGACUGGGGUUGGAAGAUAUUUCAAGGCUUUGAAAAAUACACUAAAGUAGUUAACGGGUAUACGUCCAUAGGAAAUGUAAGAAAUGAAGCAAGCGUUAGACCACAAGACAAAAUGGAAUCGUUUUUCCUUUCGGAAACGUUGAAGUAUUUGUAUUUAUUAUUUAGUGACGAUCCUAAGUUGUUGAAUCUAGACGAAUACGUUGUUAAUUCCGAAGCACAUCCGCUGCCAAUAUACUCAAAUUAGGAAGUAUUAAAAUAGAACUAAUUAUAUACACUUAUAACAUUUUGUUAAUAUUUCUAGUCGUUUUUAUUAUUUUCGAAAGAAAUAUAUGUUAAACUC